ACCCGCGGACGCCCGGCCCCGCCCCGGCCCGGCCCCCUGAGCCCGGGGCGGCCCCCUGAGCCCGGGGCCUCGGUCUCGGUUCCGUGUCGGUCCCAGGGAAACGCCAUGAGCAGGAUUUACGAGGAUAAAGCGUUAGCGAACAGCCCGGUGAUCCCGGAGCCGGUACCGGGGGGGUGGCAGCCAGCUGACAUGCAGCGCGGCCCUGGGGUGGUGCUGGAGGGAAAACUGCGGGCCAUCAGUCGCCAUCACAUCAUCGAGAGCGGAAAGAGCACGCAUCGUUAUUUCAUUCUUUAUAUUGAACCAACAAGGAUCCAUAAAAGGCAGUUUGAUUCUGCUGGUGUGGAGACUGAACCAAAUUUCAGUGAAACUAAAAAGGUCAACACUGGCUAUUUGAUGUCUUCCUUCAAGGUGGAACCAGCGGGACAGACAGAUAAGAUUUCAGUUGAAGAUCUGAAGCGAUUGAUUAAUAAACCAGAGCUUAUUAAAAUCUCAGAGAAACACACCCCCAGUCACAGCUUGGCAUUCUGGAUCUUGGAGGGAGAGAUGGAAAACAUUGAGCUGCAAGUUGAAGAUGGAUUACGACUGAAAACCCUGGGGGACAGUCCUUUUAUUUUUUCACUGGCCAAAAUGGAUGCUGGAACUGUGACUAAAUGCAACUUUGCAGGAGGUGAAAAGGUGGGAACUUCUUGGACUGACAAUGUAUUUGCAGCAAAGUGCAAAACUGAGCAAGAGGCCAAAACUAGCACCCAAGGAGAAGGUGUUGAUGAGGAUGAAUGGGAUGAUUGAGAUUCCUUAACAUCAACAAAACCAACAAAUGGCAGCAAUUCUGGAAAUUAUUGAACAGGAUAAGAGGUCACAAAUCAAGCUAUUUUUCAUUCGACUUUUGAUUUUGAAAUUUGGAGCAAAGCUUUACUGACAAUAAAACCAAAACAAAUUAAACUUCAAUAACCAUGAUGUCUUGUUAAGCAUUACAACAUUAACUAGAGGAUUGCAGAGGAUAAUUCUGAUAUAUCUACAAAUGCCUUCAUUUUCUUCACUAUCCUUGAAGUAAUGUUAUUUGGACCAAUAUUGCGUUGUGAUUCCCUUAGUGCCAUGGCUGAUUUGGAGCACCAGUGGGUGUCAAACAAGGUACUUUCUUCAAGUUGGAUGAUUGGACCUCCACAUUGUGUUCGGACCAUUUGGUGAAGGAAUAAUCCAAAGCCAGUCUUUACUUGGAUUAGAUUACUGAGUGAAACAUUCCAGCUAAAUGUCCUCUGACUCUAAUCCAGUAUCUGCAAUUGUUUGCUUGAUGUGCUCAAAUAACCAUCCAGCAUGUCGUCCAUCUGUAUAGUUAUCCUUGAUUCAUACAAUGAAUACAGAGCAACGAUCAAAAUGGUUGGAGGUUCAACAAUUGUUGAUCCCCCUAAAGGUCAUUACAUUCAUAGUCUCUGCAGUAAUCCUGAUUCUCAUUUUGUCAUUGUCUCCCUGAGCAUCUCAAUUUAUUUCUCACUGACAAAUUCAAAUAUGUUCUUAAAUGCUUCCUGUAAACCUACUCUGAAUGGUCAGACCUUAAUUGACCUCUUACACUGUUUUAUUCUUCCUUUUCCUUUGGCCUCAAAACUAUUUUACUAUGAAGUCUAAGUUAUCGACAAAAUGUUAGUAAUAUCACAUUGUAAGUUUGCUCGCUGAGCUGGUGGAUUUGUUUGCAGGCCUUUCGUCACCAUGCUAGGUACUAUCAUCAGUGAACCUCCAGUGAAGCAUUGGUGUUCUGUCCCGCUUGCUAUUUAUCUGUCUCUGUUUGUUGUGGUAGGUGAUAUCAUUCCCAGUUCUGUUUCGGAGAGGUUGGUAAAUGGGGUCCAAAUCUAUAUACUUGUUAAUGGGCUUCCAUUCCAGUUUGAAUGCCAGGCUUCUAGAAAUUCCCAUGCGUGCCUUUGUUUAGCCUGUCUCAGAUGGAUGUAUUGUCCCAGUCAACUCAUCCACAACUGAGCUACAAAACUCCUCCAAAGUCUCAAACCGAAAUACAUUAUGAACUGAUUGCAGGAUUGACAAGGUUCAGUGACAGGUAUAUCAAUGCGCUGUAUGAUAGUGAUAUGAUUUGACAUUCUGCUUACAAUUGACCCGCCCGUCUGUUCAUGAUGUUCGAAGGAGCGAACCAAGGGUUACAUCUGUGUAUUUCUAGUACUUGAAGUAUGAGAAGGGACUUAUGCCUUCUUUGGAGAGUAGAGACAGGACUAUAAAAUACACUUCUUAGGAAAACAAAAUGUUGAAACUAACCUGAUGUUGUGUGACCUUUGACUUUAAGUCAUCAUCAUCAGUUAUAGUCCAACAAGCUUAUUUGGAAUCACAUGCUUUUGGAAUGCUGCUGCUUUGUCAGGUAAAGUCACCUGUUGGACUAUAACCUGGUGUCAGUGUGACUUCUGACUUUGUCCAAUCCAGUUCAACACAAGCACCUCCACACAAUGAAUCAAUUUUUAUUGACUGGUCAAAUUGUGUGCCAGUUGGGAUUCCUUUUAAGCACCUGCAUUUGAAACCUGCCACAGAUGACUAAUUCUGACUGUGUGUGCUGUUUAAUUCCAGCGUAUUAUCACUGUAUAAACUGUGGUCAGUGAUUACCAGAGGGAUUGAAGUGUGCAGCUAAGAUUAUUGACCAAUGUAAUAAAAUAUUUUCUCCCGGCUUCAUUACUGAGAUCUAUUGCCAAAUUCCAGGUCCAGCUUAGCACAACUUGCUGACAAUUAAAACUUUGUGAAUAUCACAAGAGGUGUAAACAGAAUACAGGUAGUUUGGGAGAAACUUUUCCUAUUGGCAUAAACAAUAAAUGACAAAAGAAGCAACAAAUGUAAUCAUGCAAAGUAGUUCGGCUCUGGAAUGCAUUGCCCGAAUAGUAAGAAUAAACUAUCUCAAGAGGGGACAAAAAGGUGUGGGGCCUUGGAGAAACGGAAUCAAUCUUGCAGCUUGGACACAAUAGGAAGCACUGUUACCAUUCAAUAAUUCUCUUUACUUUUACUACUAAAGGCAACAGAAAUUCUGUUGAUAAAGUUUACACUAGUUUUAAAUGGAUUUCUGUAAAGCUUAAAUUUGACCAGGUCAGGAACGAAAGGAUUGAUACCAAAAGCUUUUGACAAUGUUUAAUCAAUCCUCUGCUAUGGUUUGUAUCUGUGUAAAUUUUCCAUAUCUGCUUUUCAAAUAAAACAUAUCAAUUUUGUGCUAAA